GUCACAUCCUGCCGAAAUUUUAAGUCUUUCACGUUAUGGAUGAGUCUGUACCAUCAAAAUGUCAGUCCAAGAAACUGGCAAAACGUGAAAAGAAAUUGGCUAAAUUUGAAGCCAAACAGGAAAAACUUGCAUUGGAUUCCUCAAAGGAGCAGAAGUCGGCAAAAAAAGAUAAAUUAAAAAAGGAGCAGGUUGUUCUAGAUGCAGUAGCAGACGCAUCUGGAAAAAAGGAUAUGACAGGUGAAAUGCCUGAGUCCUAUUCCCCCAAAUAUGUUGAGGCUAUUUGGUACGAAUGGUGGGAGCGUAGUGGGUUUUUCAAACCAGAGUUUCAGACUGAAAGCUCAGACAAAUUCGUUAUGGUUAUACCUCCCCCGAACGUUACAGGAGUUUUACAUUUGGGACAUGCUCUGACAAACAGUGUUGAAGAUGCGAUUGCACGUUGGCAUAGAAUGAAUGGAAAAGUUACACUCUGGGUUCCUGGAUGUGAUCACGCCGGUAUCGCUACUCAGGUAGUGGUAGAAAAGAAAUUAUGGCGAGAGAAAAAACUCACUCGACAUGAUAUUGGACGUGAUGAAUUUGUAAAAGAAGUUUGGAAAUGGAAAGAAGAAAAAGGUGAUCGAAUUUAUCAACAACUCAGAGCAUUAGGAAGUUCUUGUGAUUGGUCUCGGGCUAGAUUCACUAUGGAUCCAUCGAUGUGUAAAGCUGUCACUGAGGCAUUUAUUCGUUUAUAUGAUGAAGGUUUAAUUUAUCGAAGUCUUCGACUAGUCAAUUGGUCGUGUACAUUACGUUCAGCUAUAUCAGAUAUUGAAGUAGAUAAACGUGAACUAACUGGGCGUACUUUACUUCCUGUUCCAGGUUAUGAUAAACCUGUAGCAUUUGGAGUGAUUGUAUCAUUUGCUUAUCCUCUGUUACCUGAUCCUAGUAAAUCUGAUACAGAUACAGAAAUUAUUGUUGCUACUACACGACUUGAAACAAUGUUAGGUGAUACUGGAGUUGCUGUACAUCCAGAUGAUCAUCGGUAUAAACAUUUAAUUGGUCGUCUUAUCAAACAUCCCCUUGUUCCUGAUCGAUUCAUUCCAAUUGUUGGUGAUACAUUUGUUGAUCCGAAUUUUGGUACUGGUGCUGUAAAAUUAACUCCAGCUCAUGAUCAUAAUGAUUGGGAAGCGGGUAAAAGGCAUUCAUUGCCUACUAUUGUAGUGAUUGGUGAAGAUGGUUUAAUGACAUCGGCUGCAGGUCCUAAAUUUGCAGGACUUCCAAGAUUCAUUGCUCGUAAAGCAGUUCAAAAAGCUCUCGAAGAAUUAGGUUUAUACCGAGGUGAAAAAGAUAAUCCUAUGGUUGUACCGAUUUGUUCUCGUAGCAAAGAUAUUGUUGAACCGCUGUUGAAACCGCAAUGGUAUCUACGUUGUCAAGAGAUGGCUGAUGCAGCAAUAAAAGAGGUAUCUGAAGGUCGUUUACGUAUUAUUCCUAAUUUUCAUAUUCGUACAUGGAAUAAUUGGCUUAAAGAUUGUCAUGAUUGGUGUAUUUCACGACAACUUUGGUGGGGACAUCGUAUUCCAGCUUAUCAUGUCUCGAUUCAACGUCCGGGUGUAGAUCAUUUAGAAGUUUUGGAUCCUACCGAUCAUAAUUCAUGGAUCAUUGGUCGAACCAUAGAAGAAGCACUUACAAAAGCUUGUGUCAAAUUUCAUUGUUCCCCAGAACAAUUAAUUUUAAAUCAAGACAAUGAUGUUUUGGAUACAUGGUUUUCAUCACAAUUAUUUCCAUUCUCUGUAUUUGGUUGGCCUGAACAAACCGCUGAUUUAAAUGCAUAUUAUCCUGGGCAUUUAUUAGAAACUGGUCAUGAUAUUUUAUUUUUUUGGGUUGCACGUAUGGUUAUGAUUGGUUUGAAAUUAUUGGGGCAAUUACCAUUUCAUACUGUUUAUUUACAUGCGAUGGUACGUGAUGCUCAUGGUAAGAAAAUGAGUAAAUCACUAGGUAAUGCUAUUGAUCCAAUGGAUGUGAUUAAUGGAAUCUCGUUAGAAGGUAAGUGGGAUCAUUAG